AUGAAUGAAAAUUCUGAAGAACGAUGUUCAAUUGAAUCAGGAAAUUAUGUUUUCCAUUAUCUUAUUCAAAAUGGAGUUUGUUAUAUGACAAUUUGUGAAAGGUCAUAUCCACGUCAGUUUGCGUUUAGUUAUUUGGAAGAACUUGCGAAAGAGUUUUUGAUGAGUUAUGGAAACGAAGUUGAGAAACGAACUUUGAGACCUUAUGCAUUUGUUAAAUUUGAUACUUUUAUGCAAAAAACUAAAAAAGUGUAUCAAAACACUAGAACACAACAUAACCUUGAUCGAUUAAAUACAGAAUUAAAUGAA